AAAAGAAAAUGUUGAAAGAAGAAGGAGGUGGACAUUUAAUCAUUUCCGCAGAGCUUCAGAUUAAAUAUUAAUGGCGGGCUCAGAUCUGAGGAGCUGUGAUCUCCCUUUUGGGUGAGCUGUGGUUUUGUCCCUCUCCUUAGAAAAGAAAAAAAAAAUCCUUUUUACACUUUUCUCCUCUCUGAUUUACUUUCUUUUAUUUUAUUAUUGUUUUCCAUGGUUCUCUGAAACCGUGAAAUCUGUAAGGUCCAAACAAAAAGUAGCAGGUAUUGAAGUAGGAAAAUGGCGGGUUGUUGUUAGUAUUAGUGCUCUGUAAACCAACUCCACAGUCUUCUUUCCUUCUUCUACCUUUUCUCCCACUUCACUUUCCUCUAAAUGCUGUGAGGAAUGUUUUUGUUCUCUGAGACACCGCUGUUAAGAGAAUGAGGAUCUCAGAGAUUGAGGUCCAUCUUCAAUGGAGGCUUCAAGCUCUUCCCUUUAUGCUUCUCCUUCUCUGUAAGCCGUCUUCUUUACUUGCUUUAAGUAAAGAUGGAGUCUUGCUGCUCUCCUUCAAGCAUUCCGUGCUCGGGGAUCCUUUGUCGGUGCUCGCCGACUGGAACUCGGAAGACGAGACUCCUUGCUCGUGGAACGGCGUCAUGUGCACUGGUUUUCCGGCGGCCGGCGGCGAGAAUAGCUCGGAGGGUGGGAACUGGCAGGACGGCCGGCCUUCCUCUACUGUUUCCCGAGUGAUAAGCUUAGUUCUUCCUGGCUCCCAGCUCCUGGGAUCCAUUACGGAUGACCUCGGUCAAGUUGAGCAUCUCCGUCAUCUCGACCUCUCCGGCAAUGUUCUUAACGGAACCCUUCCGUCGGCAUUUUUCAAUGCGUCGGAGCUCCGGAUUCUCUCUCUCGCCGACAACGAGAUCUCCGGCGAGUUACCGGAGCUUUUCGGAAAGCUUCAGAGCCUUCAAGUUCUCAACUUGUCCGACAAUGCUUUCAUGGGUGAGAUUGCUAGAAAUCUCACCCUUCUCCCCAACCUCACCAUCGUCACCCUCAGCAACAACUACCUUUCCGGCGAACUUCCCAGCGGAGGAUUCAAAAAUGUGGAAGUUUUAGAUCUUGGUUCGAAUCUACUAAACGGCUCCCUUCCGGCGGAUCUCACCGGAGAGAAUAUCCGGUACCUGAACCUCUCAUACAACCGAUUCGCAGGCGAGAUUCCGGCGAAGCUAGGGUCGAAGCUUUCGUCUAACGUAACGCUGGACCUCUCCUUCAACAACUUGUCCGGCGAGAUACCGCCUUCCGAAGCACUUCUAACGCAAAAGGCGGCAGCUUUCGUCGGAAACCAUGAUCUCUGCGGCAAGCCGCUCAAGAAUAUCUGCACCAUCCCCUCCACACUCUCAAACCCACCAAACAACUCCUCCCCGGCGUCCAAAUCCCCUCCAGCCUUCGCCGUGAUGCCGAAAACCCCGCAAGGCUAUUUUCCGGUGACAGAUUCCGGCGACGGCGAGAGCUCUCAUAGCUCAGCUGGUCUCAAACCAACAACCAUCGCCGCCAUAGCCAUCGGAGAUCUCGCCGGACUCGGCCUCCUCCUCCUCCUAAUCCUUUUCUUCCAUCACAGCAAGAAAAAACAGGACCAAACCAAGCAGAUAAAGUCGGCUCAAAGAACACCAGAACCAGUGUCCAAAAACCACGGCGGCCUAUCCUCAUGCUUUCAAACUAAUUCCAGCGACGGCAACGAAACCGAAGAGACAUCAGAGAGCAACAUCUCCUCCGAAACCGAAGCAGAAGAAGAGAAAACCGUAAAAGCCGCCGGAAAAGAAGACGGCGGCGGGAAGCCGACCGCCGGCGAGAAGAACCAGGGGGGGAUCCUGGUAUCAGUUGAUGGCGAAACAGAGCUUGAAGUAGAAACGCUUCUGAAAGCUUCGGCCUACAUUCUGGGUGCUACGGGAGCCAGCAUUGUGUACAAAGCCGUGCUCGCCGACGGGACGGCGUUCGCCGUGCGCCGCAUAGGGGAAAGUUCCUCCAUUGAUAAGCUCAAAGAUUUCGAGGCACAGGUGCGCAUUAUUGCCAAGCUUCGUCAUCCUAACAUUCUUCCUCUUCGAUGCUUCUACUGGGGAGCUGAUGAGAAGCUCCUUAUUCAUCACUACGCCUCCAAUGGCAGCCUCGCCAAUAUCUUCUUCAGCAAAAAACUCGGCUCUUCUCCAUUCCACCUCUCCUGGGAGUCCCGCCUCCGAAUCGCCAGAGGAGUGGCCAGAGGCUUAGCUUACCUCCAUGACAAGAAGUUCCUGCAUGGCAACCUGAAGCCCAGCAACAUCCUCCUCUCCUCAGACCUCGAACCCAUGAUCGGAGACCUCGGCGUUGACCGCCUCCUCACCGCUGACAACGACACCAAACCCGGCACUUCCGCCCGACACUUCGGCAGCAAAAGGUCCACUCUUUCGCAAGGCAGCCUCCCGGACCUCUCUUCUUCAACGAACGCCGGAGCCAGCCCCAUCUCCUCCACCUCCGCCCCCCCACCAUACCAAGCACCGGAGUCUCUGAAGAACCUGAAACCCAACGCUAAAUGGGACGUGUAUUCGUUCGGAAUGGUGCUCCUGGAGCUGAUAUCAGGGAGAGUUUUUCUGGAGGUGGAGAUAAUGCAGUGGAAUGCUGCUGCUGAGGAGAAGAAGAAGGUGUUGAGAAUGGUUGAUCCGGCGCUGAGAGGGGAGGUGGAGGGAAAGGAGGAGGUUUUGUUGAGUUGUUUUAAGGUGGGGUUUGGAUGCGCGGCCAUGGCGGCGCAGAGAAGGCCUUCCAUGAGAGAAGUGGUUCAGGUUCUGGAGAGGUUGGUGGUGGCUGCAGGGAGUUCGAGUUGAUAGGGGAGAUCAGGGAAGGUGUGUAAUAUAUAGGUUGUUGUUAGUAGUAUUGUACUCAUUGUGAGUUAGAACCAAUGCUGAUUAAUGGUUUGGCUUUUUCUUUUAUUUAUUUUAAAUUGGUUUUUGUGUAUGUGUUUGUGUUGUUUUCUUGAUAAUUUUUUUGUAUUUUAAUGUUGAUGAUAAUGGUAUUUAGGAGGUAGGUCUUCAUGGAUUAAA